GUCCCAGGUCCCAACAGGAUGAGAGACUGUUACUGUACUGUCAACCUGGAUCAGGAGGAGGUCUUCAGAACCAAGAUCAUCGAGAAGUCUCUGUGCCCUUUCUAUGGAGAGGACUUUUAUUGUGAAAUCCCCCGCAGUUUCCGCCAUCUGUCCUUCUACAUCUUCGACAGAGACGUGUUCAGGAGGGACUCCAGCAUCGGUAAGGUAGCAGUGCAGAAAGAAGACCUCCAGAGGUAUCAUGGUAAAGACACCUGGUUCCCCCUGAGACACGUCAGCGCAGACUCAGAGGUUCAGGGAAAGGUCCACAUAGAGCUCCGUCUCAGUGAGGUCAUCACAGACAGCGGAGUCGUCUGUCAUAAACUGGCCACACGUGUGUUGGAGUGCCAGGGCCUGCCCAUCGUGAAUGGACAGUGUGAUCCGUACGCUGCGGUCUCCCUGCUGGGCCCAUCCAGAUCAGAAGCUAAGAAGACCAAGGUGAAAAGGAAAACCAACAACCCCCAGUUUGAUGAGACAUUUUACUUUGAGGUGACACGACCUCUUAGUCACACCAAGAGACAGUUUGAUGUGGAGGAGGAGGGUGUUGACAAGCUGGCUCUGAGGGUUGACCUGUGGAAUGCCAGUAACCUGAAGUUUGGGGAUGAGUUCCUGGGAGGGGUCAGAGUUCCUCUGAGGGCCCUGGGACAGGCUGGGGUCCACGACGCAUGGUACUUUCUGCAGCCCAGGGAUAACGGAGGGAAGCCGGUGAAAGUGGAUGAGUUGGGUUCUCUUCGUUUAAACAUAGUUUACACUGAGGACCAUGUGUUCCCCUCUGACCACUACGGCCCUCUGAGAGACCUGAUGUUGACCUCGGCUAACGUAAAGGUGAGGGGGUGUACUGUAGAUACCUAA